AUGUUUGCAGAUGAUAUUAAGAUCUAUGCAACUUAUGACCAAUAUAACUGUGGUAUGAUUCGUGAUGCUCUGAAAUGCUCUUUCCAGAAAAUGACUGAUUGGGCUUUGCAAUGGGAUAUUCCCCUUAAUUUGAGCAAAUCCAUGGUUAUGCACAUUGGUGAUACCUACCCAGUGGACUAUUACAUCAGUGCCAAUGCUAGAGACCUUGGUGUUCUCCUUGAUCCCAGAUUGAAGUUCUCCCUUCAUAUUGAUCAUGCUGUGAAGAAGGCAUUCACCAACUUUUUCUACUAUUUCGUAAUAUACAAUCUAUACUCAGCCGUCUUUAUAAGGCUUGUGUAUUGCCACAUGUUGAAUAUUGUUCACAAGUCUGGAGCCCAUGUUCUAAGAAGAAUAUUGCAAAAAUCGAAAAAGUACAGCGUGUAUUCACACGGCUCCUAUGGUACAGAAUCACACACGACUAUCGUCGCAAUAAUUUACCCAGUUAUGAAGAACGACUAA